GCAGUGGAACAGCGGCUACUCUACAGACAUGCGUCAGAGUGUAAACACUGCACGGUCUGUUCGAUUAUCAGCAAACCUGCUAUAAAUGGAUAUUUAAGCAGAAGAUUUUUUUGUGCACAUUAAACGGGAACCAUGAGCACCGUGUUGUGCUGUGUUUUGGUGUUAUUAAUCUCAGUGGCUCUUUGCAUGGACUUUGAAGAGAGACCCAGCAGCUCCUGGAGGAGUGAGCAAACCAUGUUUCUAAAGAGUCACAAAUCACGAAAUCUGCUCAGUUUGAGAGAUUUACAGCAGCCGGACCAUGGCAAGAUGAAAAGAAGUGAAGAAUCCGCACAAAAUCAAUGUGAAUCAUUGCACGGCUAUCAAUCUACAUUACAAAACGACACUCACACGCAUAACUUCAAUGACCUGAGUGGUUCAGUGUCUUUGGCCUGGGUUGGAGAUGGAACAGGGGUCCUGCUGGUUUUGACCACAUUCCAGGUCCCUCUUUUCAUCAUGCGCUUUGGUCAGUCCAAACUCUACAGAAGUGAAGACUAUGGAAAGACAUUUCAGGACAUCACGGACCUCAUUAACAACACCUUCAUACAGACAGAGUUCGGCAUCGCAAUUGGCCCUGACAAUUCCGGCAAGGUGAUCCUCACAGGGGAUUUGGCUGAGGAGAAAGUCACCAAAAUCUUCCGCUCGGUUGAUUUCGGCAAAAGCUUUGUGACCUCUGAGCUUCCCUUCCAUCCGUUAAUGCAGAUCACUUACAAUCCCAAAGACAGCAACAUACUCAUGGUCUACAGCAUCAAUUAUGACUUAUGGCUGUCGAAGGACUUUGGAGCCAACUGGAAGAAGAUCCAUGAGAGUGUUUGUCUAGUAAAAUGGGGAAUUGAUGACACCAUUUUCCUAACCACAAACCCCAAUGGAUCCUGCAGUGACCGGGGGACUCUGGAAUUGAGGAAAUCAUUAGACUAUGGCAAAACAUUCAAAACUAUAGGAAACAGGAUUUAUUCUUUUGGCCUGGGUGGACGCUUUGUUUUUGCAUCCAUCAUGACAGAUUCGGGUUCCACACGGAUGAUUCAUGUGUCUGUGGAUCAGGGGGAGACGUGGGAUAUGGCUCAGCUGCCCACUGUUGGCCAUGAACAGUUCUACUCCAUUUUAGCUGCAAACAAUGAUAUGGUCUUCAUGCAUGUAGAUGAACCUGGAGACUCUGGCAUUGGUACCAUAUACAUAUCAGAUGAUCGAGGUAUAGUGUUUUCCAAGUCUCUGGAGCGUCAUUUGUACACCACUACAGGCGGCGACACCGACUUCACCAACAUCACCUCUCUGAGAGGCGUCUAUAUAACCAGCGUCCUUGCCGAGGACGGCUCAGUGCGGACGGUGAUCACGUUUAAUCAGGGUGGAGAAUGGAGGCCUCUGAUGAAGCCCUGGAAUGGAGUGUGUGACUCCACCGCCAAACAUCCCAGUGAGUGUAGUCUGCAUAUUCACGCCUCCUACAGCAUCUCUAUGAAACUGAAUGUGCCUAUGCAGCCUCUCUCCGAGACCAACGCCGUGGGACUCGUCCUGGCACACGGCAGUGUCGGAGGAGCCGUCUCUGUGCUUUCUCCAGACGUGUACGUGUCAGAUGACGGAGGCUACACGUGGUUCCAGGCGCUGAAAGGCCCCCAUCACUACGCCAUCCUGGAUUCAGGAGGACUGCUGGUGGCGGUGGAGCACAACCCCACACACCCCAUAUCACAGAUCAAAUUUUCCACUGACGAAGGCCAGUGUUGGCAUGUGCAUAACUUCACUGAUGAUCCAAUAUACUUCACUGGCCUGGCAUCAGAACCUGGUGCCCGAUCCAUGAAUGUCAGCUUGUGGGGCUACAGGGACACCAUCCUGAAUCAAUACUGGGUUUCUGUCACUGUCGACUUCAGACAGCUGCUCUCUAGAGACUGCCAGGAGAAUGACUACAUCCAGUGGCUCGCUCACUCAAGCGAUAUCAACAGCCCCACGGAUGGAUGCGUGCUGGGAUACAAGGAAAGGUUUUUACGGUUGCGAAGGGAUUCGGUCUGCUGGAAUGGACGGGAUUAUAAGGUCACCAAGGAGCCCACCACAUGUCCCUGCACUCUGACGGACUUUCAUGAUUUUGGGUUCUACCAUGAGGAAAACAGCUCAGUGUGUGUGGAGCAGCCUGACCUUAUUGGCCAUUCACUGGAGUUCUGUCUGCAUGGACGCAAAGAGCAGCUUCAAACCAGCGGUUACCGGAAAAUACCCGGUGAUCACUGUGAGGAAGGAAUAACUCCAGAACGGAAAGAGAUCGACCUGAGUAAGAAAUGUGUCAGUAAUCUGCUGAGGACAGAGCAACUGACAAAGGAACACUCAUUCAAUUCAGCUCCUAUAAUCGCCGUGGUCAUCAUUGUUCUGUUGAUCAGUGCUGUUGCUGGGGUCAUUUUCAUCAAAAAAUACGUCUGUGGAGGAAGAUUCCUGGUGCACAGAUACUCCGUAUUACAGCAGCAUGCAGAAGCAAAUGGUAUAGAUGGUUUGGAUGACCUGGACACACUGGAGGGGGGCAAAACGCACUAUCAUGAUGAUUCAGAUGAGGACCUUCUGGAGUGACACAUGGAUCAUCAUAAGACUGUAUCAAACGAGAGAAACCACAAUGCCUACCCUUCCCAUGAUGUUUGUGUGUGUGUGAAUUUACAAUUACACACAUACCAGAUUUUGCCACACACUCUUCUGCCCAGCCCAGUUGAGGACAGUUUUCCAGCAAUUCAAGCAGGGUUUGACUACAAGGACAGAAACAAAAAAACAUAUUCCCAGAACAGGUUGCUGAUCCACUGCUGAAAGAGUCUUUUUAUAUUGUUUCACACUAUAUAUUUGUAUUUGAGAUGCACAAACUAAUGUUGUUGCUGUGUAUUUCACAUUUAUGAGCUGACACGUAAAAUGAAAACAUGUGGCUGAAAAGUGUAGUUUAUCCAAAAAAGACAUGUCAUCGGUUACUUAUCCUCCACUUGUUCCAAACAUCCUCCACUUGUUGUUGAGUUUCUUUCCUAUAGAUAUUUUUAAGAAGGAUAGAAACCAGAAGACAUUAACACUCAUAGUAUUUGUUUUUCUUACUAUGGAUGUCAAUGGUUACCGGUUUCCAAAAUUCUUCAAAAUAUCUUCUUUUGUAUUAAACAAAAAAAUGAGUCUCAUAAAGAUUCUCUCAUUUAGAUAUUUUCAAGAAAGAUAAAAGCCAGAACACAUUGACUCCCAUAGUAUUUUUUUACUAUUACAGAUGUCAAUGGUUACCGGUUUCCAACAUUCUCC